AUGACACAGUCCUUGUUACUUGCCGAUGAAACAUGUAGAGAGAAGAAUUCGCAUCUCUUUAAGGAUGGCUGCACUGCUGUGAUUUUUGCAUUUCUGACACUUUCUUAUUGUGAAGCCAAACGUUUUGCCAUAUUUGGAAAUGUUGGUGAUGCAAGAGCCAUUAUGGGAACUGUUUUCAUUUCCUUCAAUGAUGAUGAUGAAACCAAUAAUGGACACUCCUUGAACACUCUUUCCAAAAAAAAUCAUCCUCCUAUUAUUGAAUUUGAAGUCCAUCGAAUGACUCAAGAUCACAAACCUACUGUCACCUCCGAUCAUGAUCCUUCAGAAGUCAUUCGAAUUCGAAAUUGUGGAGGAUAUGUCAUUAAUUCUCGAACAAUGGGUACCUAUGGUGUUGCAAGAGCACUUGGUGAUUGGGAGAGUCGACCUUUUCUUUCCAAUGAACCACAUGUGAAUGGAUGUGUCUUGACAUGUCCAAUCACCACCACUUGUGCCACCACAUGUGAAGGGAAUCAUGAUUCCAAUAAUUGUGAACAACUGUUGACAACAACAACACUUUCCACACCAAGAACAUGGACUCUGGAAAAACAAAUGAUCAUUCUUGGAUGUGAUGGUGUGUGGGAUGUGUUGAGUGAUCAGGAUGUGUUUGAAAUGACAGCUUUCACAUGGUUUCAUUCCAAUCAUAGUAUGACUAUUAACAACAACAACACUUCCUCAAUUCCAUUGUCAUCAUCAAUAACAACUCAUUCCACAAAUAAGGUAUCUGCAGUGAUUCGAGAUUUUGCUCAUUCUGCUGGAAGUACAGAUAAUAUUUCAGUCAUUGUCAUUGAGUUGUAA